UCUCUCUCUCAGACACACACACAAACACACACCAUUUUUCUCUCCCCUAACUGUGAGGACAUGGCUUUAGGCCUCCAGGGAUCCUAACACUCUAUUUCCUUUAGAUCAGCAGUAAAAUAAGAUUCCUUGCUCUGAUCCUCCUUUUUAAAAAAUCCAAAAGAAAUCUCCUCUUUUCAGUGGGUGAAGCUGCCUUCAUGUAGCAAAUACAAAUGAAUCCACAGUGUGCUUCUCCAUAGAAAAAUGCAUAAGAAAAAACAUGCUGUCUUUCUUGAACACUUGUCUGCACAUCAUGCAAACACACACAGUACAUAUGUAGAAUGGCUUGAAGAAACUGUAGCUAACCACCUUAUUAGUAUUCCUCCCUCUGCUGUGUUUCACUCGCAGCAAGGGAGGGCUGAGCAAAAUGCAGUAGAACAGGGACAGAGACAGAACUGGCAAUCAUCUCAAUGCAGGCUGCCGAACGUAGGGGGUGGAGGGGGAUGCAGCAAAGCAAGAUUAAUAACCUUGCCAUAAUCCCGUGCACUCUGGAAGGAGAUGCCUUUGGUGACCAACUCAUCCCUUUCUUGAUUAAUUAGAUCGUGUGAGUGAGUGGCUGGCAUUUCACCUGGGUAUUAUAUUUUUUGAGUGGUGGUGGUGGUGGGGGGCUGCUUUUGCUGUUCUUUGAAUCCUCUACCCAUCUGGGAAGGUAACAGCGAGACAUACCAUCUGCAGCAUUCACAGCAGCUACUGGAGCAGCCACUGACAGUUUUGCUCUACAGUUUUCAUGGUGAGCAAGAAGGUAGAUAAUAUAUCAGGAAAAGAGGGGAUUUCUAUUCUUGGACUAAAUUCCUCUAUCUCUUCACCCCCUUGUGUGCUUUGAAUCCUGGACUUACUUUUGACAAAGUCUCUUGGACACCUAUUUUUCUAUGGUUGGAUGAUCAGCAAAUGGACCAUUUGAAAAGUAACUAAUUGUUGAGCUCCUGUGUGACUUAAAAGAAUCCAGGUAACGCCGGUGGAAUUAAUUUCUGUUGGAGAACUUUUAAAGGGGGACUAUCAGAGACAAAGGUCCCCCAACAGAAAUGAUCUUCUGACAUUCCUCCUGCAAGGACAAGAAAGAUCCACCAUAAUCAGAGGAAGCCUUUUUUUAUCCUGAAAGCUAUCAAGAAAAGAGCACAUUUCCUGACAGAAGAAUCAGGAAAAUAAUUUAUCAGGAAAAUAAUCAGGAAAAUCCCCUCCUUUCUUCCAUGUUUUUAUUUGUGUUUUACUUUGAAAUGGUCAUAUGACUGGUCAAAUAAAUAAAUAAUAAUUAUUAUUAUUAAACACAACGCACAAAGUGAAGAGGCAGAAGUAACAUUUUCAUACUGUACUCAUUCGAGCCUCCCUCCCUCUCUUGCUUUCUCUUGCUCUUUGUGAAGACAAACAUACCAGGAAUAAAAACCACACAAAUUCCACUAACCCAAAGUUCCUCAAAGUGAACAAGAGCAAAGCAGACAGCAACCUCUCAAAGCAGACAAGAGCAUGAGGCACAGAGGCUGCUCCCUUGAAGCCUUAAAGCCCUGUACUCUUGUGCUAGUGCUCCCUCUGGCGCUAGCUCUUAACUAAAAAUACUAUUCUAAUGUCAAAGUAAAGCUCAGGCUUAGCAACAGCUCUUAACUCAAAAUGUUUUUAAGUUGGGAUGCUCUUAAGUAGAGGUUCCACUGUAUGUACUUCAAGUAAACAAUAGAAUCCUUAUUAAAGAGAGUGUUCUCAAAUUCCAGUAGAUGAUUUCAAAAAUCACAGAGGCAUUAUUUCAUGCACAUUAAUUUAUAAACUUUUAAAGUAAUGAAAGGGAUGAUUUAAAACAUCAAUUAUUUGCAAGAAUGAAUAAUUGUACAUUUCCCCCCUGUACUGUGAAAAAAAAUAUCUAAAACUGUACAGUUUUGAAACCUACUUUUUACAGUUCAGGACUUAUUCAGUGGAAAUGAAAAAAGUGAUUUUUGUUGUUUUUAAAAAAGCAAAUAGCAUUUUCUCAGCAGAAAAUAAUUUUCAUGUAGACAAAACCAACAUUUUCUGCAAAUUAAAUAACAUUUAAUUUUUUGCACAAAAAGCAAAUUUGAUGGGUAAGCUUUUUGUGUAUGUGUGCUGAAAAUGUGGUUUUUACUACACAAACAAUUUUUUUUAAAUGCAUACGCAAGAAGUACCUACAUGCAUUUUUUACAUUACACUCCUGUUUGCCUGGGAUUGUCAUCAUUUUUUCCAAAACUCAAACAAUAUGUUUUGCAACCAUUUUUCAAAUAUUAUUUUCACAUCCUCAUUGUAAUUUUUUACCCCAACUUUGAUGAAAAUUAAAUAGCACUGAUAUUUGCAGUAUGUAAGAAGCUGAAGAAAUUUGACUGUUAUAGAACUGUUCUGAUAGGAACUGCUCUGAUCUGCUCCUCUAAUAUUAGCAUUUGCUCUGGAAGAAAAUACAGUUUGUAAUAUAGAUUUGAACCAUAUAUUCAUAUAGAUUUACAUAGAUAUUUUGCUAUGCAGAAUUGAUUUCUGUAUGCAAAAAUGAAAUGAAACUGAUUAAUCUGUUACUACCUUAGUUCUAAGUCUAAAGGCACCAGAUCUUGGAUGGGCCUUAGUAUGUGGUUGGGAGACUAUCAAUGAAAAUCAAGUGCUUUAAGCUAUAUUUUAGAAGAAAAACUGGCAAAAGCUUCUCUGGGCAUUCUUUGCUUAAGAAAAUCCUGUUACAUUUGUCAUAUUACCAUAAAUCAACAGAUGCCUUGAAGACACGUACACAAAACUAUAUUUAAAAAGAGCCUCUUGUCCUUAUACCUAUAUGAUCCACCCUGGAUAUGUGCAGGAAAGAUGUAUGAGUGUAUGGCAUUUAGACAAGCAAUAGGACUGCCGGAGAUAGGAUGUCAGUAAAAAUACCUUUGAUUUUAUUCAACAGUUGCAAUCUAAUAUUGAUUGUGGUAUACCAGAAUAUUUUUGUUGGUAAAAUGUUUCAGGGAGUUUCGUUCUGUUGAAUACUUUCAUUGUGUGCUAUAUGAUUUUAUUUUGGUUUACUCAUUUUAUUAAUCUAGUCACUCUUAAUUUACAGCUGGCAAGACACGUGGAUAGAAAUUUUGAAAUAUGCAAUAUCUUCACUAUGUGCAAGGCAGAAAAAUAUUAUUCAUUGUCAUCCCAAUUCAUCAUGAGUCACUUAUAAUCACAACCUUAUGCCAGUUUGUACAGAAGUGAACUCCAUCAAGUUCAAAGAGGCCUAGUUUUAAAUUAGUGAGUAAGUUUGCAGCCUGUAUGUUCUUCUAUUUUGUUUUUUUAAAAAAGACUUAUCCCAAUCAGAAGGGGAAAAUGUGAAGGGGAGUAGCCUUUCUUAGCCUAGUUCUGUGAGAAUGAAAAGGGCAUUCACACUUGAUCAAACUUAAAGGGGUGCCAAAUAAAGAGCUAUUUCUAUUUUCCUAGUGAGGUGCCAAGGUCAAAAUGAAAAAAAAUAUUGACUUAAGCGAGAAAACAUUAAUUUUGCUGAUGAAACGAUCAUAUGUACUUAACAGUACCAAGAGGAAGGUUUACAUAUUUUCAGUCAGUCCAUUUUUAGAUGGAAAUUAAAUUCAGAGUUAACUCUUCAGAUAUUUAAUUUCAUCAUGUUUGGUAUGCUUCCUAUUCCUGUUUCGGGAGGCAGAGAAGUGUUUCAGGACUUUAGAAGUCUUUCUUAGAAACUUCUUCUUUUGUUUCAGUUUCAAAGGACAUUUAAUUACAAAGAACUCAUUGAAUUCUCCCAGGACACAGUUGGGAAUAUCAUUUCAUAACUAUAUGAUUUUCUUUUCACCCAUAUAAAAUCCUUCUAAGGAUAUUCAUGUUCUUUUUAUGCAUAUGAGUAUUUCUUGAAGCCAUGGAUAUUUUAAAGGAGCUGAAGAAGAUGUGAAAGAUUUCAGCUCUCUUUUGUAAAAAGGCUCCUGAAUAGAAGGGGAUUUUUCCCAUGUUCUCACACUUCAGAAUAACUGAUGAAUGGCAAAGAGGAAAAGGCUGCAAGAUAGACUAUCCUGUGUAUAUAUGCAAAGAACUGGGUAGUUACUUUGUAUGUUUUAAUAGGCAGUGUUUUGAAUUAGGCUAAAUUCUCAAAGAAACUGCAAUAGAAGGCAGUAAUAUCAGUGUCUAAUUAACUUCCUCAUUCACCCAUUUAAAAGUAACUGAAAGUAUGAACUGCUCAAAAUGGUAACAAUUGUGUGCACAGGACGACCACCCCCCACUACUGGCAAGAACCAGUCAAACAACAAUGAUGGGAUAACAAUGGCCACAAUUUGUUUGUUGGUUCCAACUGAAACAAAGUUGGCAGCCAUACAUUGGUCCAGAAUCAGACAGACCACUGCUGGUCUGAUGAACAGAAAGGGAAACCUCCGGGAGACCAGAAGGUUCAGCCUGGCCAGGACUGGCAGCAUGCGAGAGGGGGAUUGGUGUAGGUUCCCAUUCAACACCGCUCCAGGUUACCUGAAAUACUAUGACCUUCGCAGGACACUCAUAUAACCCCUCAAAGAGAGGGAGAAUAAUCAAGGACUAGAUCCAAGGCCCAUGCCAACCACUCCCAAGUUGUGAGUGAUCCAAAGUAGUAACAAAUAACAAAGGGUGGAAGGGCGAGUAGAGCUCAAAGUAACUGAGCUGGAGGAGCAGGCUUGCUGACUUAUAUAGUCAACAGGCAGAUCAGAGGGAAGGCGUCUUCCCUCAAGUCUGCCAGGCUCAGCCAAUAAGAGCAGAGUGGGAUGCUCAUUCCUGAUUGGUUGGGGGAAAAACAGUGCUCGGGGAGCACAUGAAAUGCAGGGCUCCCUGGGAAGCAGGAGCCCAGCCAAGAUGGCGAAUAGAGGGCAUGCCUGCCACCACAGUGAGAGAAAACAAGUUAUUUCCUAUUCAGGUUAAUAUUACAAGAAGAUAUCAGUGCACUCAUUUAAAGACUGGAAUAUUAAUCAAACAGGAAUCUAAAAAAUGAGCCUGACAAGAUGAUCAAAAGGGAUGUUCUCAGUACAAUUUGCAAACACAAAACAUGUUUUUAUAUAACUGUGGCUGGAAUAUUGAUGAAAAUAUAUUUUCCAGGCAUCUUCUAUUGUAGGUAUCUUCUAUUUCAUAUUGGUGGGCGUUGAUAGCUUAUGUCUCCAGAUUUCUCUUUUUCCCUCCCUCCCACUAUCCCUCUCUCUGAGUUAAGGAUAGUUCUGCUGCAAAUUCAACUCUCAAAACAAGCAUAAGAAGCAUAGCAAACACCAUAAAAUUAAAAAUGUGAAGAGCUAACCCUGAAUUUAAUUUCCAUCCAAAAAUAGACUGACUGAAAAAUAUACAAGCCCUCCUCCCUAUACUAUUAAGUACACACACUUAUUUUAUUAGCAAAAUUAAUGUUCUCUCUUAAGUCAAUAUUUUACUCAGUUUGAUCCCUGCAUCCCACUGGGAAAAUAGAAAUAACUCUUUAUUUUACUCUUUACUACCCUUACAUUUUUUUAUUUCCCUCAUCAUCUGGAGGAGAUGGAUCCUCUGAUGUUUUUUGAGAAGAUAGAAUUUCUGAGGCCUCACAUCUCUCCUCUCUUUCCCAGUGGUGGACUCUCAUCUUGGUUAUUUCCUCACAAGGAAGAUAUUGCAAGUGGAGAUAUGACACUUCAAGCUCAUUAUGAAAAGCAGAACUUUCUAAGCUAUCUUAAGUUUAUGAGAAAUUAAAGUAAACCUACCUCACUCAGUUGGAACUAUUCUGUAGGAAGGAAUGCAUCUUAAACUUGAGGUAAUGUGUAAUGCCACUAUGAAUUAAUUUGGUCUUGAAGAUGGAGCUUCUUCCCACAGAAAUUUGCUUCAGCCAAUAGGUAAACUAUUGAUUGGAAAUUUUCUUAAAAGAAUACUUCUACUGGUCAAUAUAUGAAGUUCUUCCUACUCAGCCAACUGGCCAGAGGGAAAGACCUCUUCACUCACUGCAACAUUUGGGUGAUGAUUGUCUGAACAUUCUUGUCUAGGUUGUCACUUUAUUCAAUGCAAAAUUCACACAAUUACAGCACACACAUCAUGUAUACCCUUAAAAUGCACUACUGUGUGGGGAUUUCUGCCUUUUAGGCUAUUUGUAGAUGCAGUGAUUAUUUUUGUUUUCAAAUGAGUCCACCUUCUUUUUCACAUGUUGACACAUGCGUAGUAGGACUGUGCACAGAUCAAUUUUUCAAAACGGGCUUUGGCUAAUUCGGUUAUUUGGCCAGCCAUAAUGGCACAGGCACCGUCACCAUUUUUUUACAGCUGCAACAGACCAUGUGGCUGCCGACCUUGGCUACUUUUGGUUUCAUUCAGCUGCACAUAAACCAUGCCCACAUGAGGUUUCCCUUUGAGCCCUUCCUGUUGAGCCAGUCAGAUCAGAAGAAAGCUAUGAUGUGUCUUUUAACCAAGUUGGGCCUCCAUUUUUCUGCUGUGAGCAGGAUUCUGAGAGAGACAGAUUGUGCUUCAGUCCACUGGUGAUCUAAAUUUUCAGUGCCGCUCGUAACUCUGCAUCGCUUGCCUUGCUUUUUUACUCAAAUAGCAAUAAAUUAGCAUUUACUUUCUACACACAAGAAAUUGUCACCAAUGGUGCCCUUCACAUGAUGCAAGCUUCAAAUGUGCGGUAGAGGUAUCAUGCCAUUUCUAAAGCCACCAUAAAAUAAGGAGGUAAUUUAUAUCUUUUUACAGAAUGGCUAAUGCUCCUUCAGGUGGUGUGGCUCCAACUGAAAUAAGUGUUUUAAAAGGGUGACUUAACUCAGCUUCAUUGAAAGGGUGUUGAGGGCAAACGAUCCCAGAAAAAGUGGUUUCUUAAGUCUGAUGACUUGGCCCAAGUCUAGUUGAAGAGAAAUGAUGCCAGAAAAAGUGGUUUCUUAAGACUGAUGCCCUAAGAAUGACAGAAAGGGAAGCCUUGGUGGUUCUCCCAUUUCCGCCAGUUGAUCUGAUUUUCCCAGAACAAAAACGGAUCUUCUGUCUGCUGGGUUGAAAAUUUGAAUUUUGCUUGUCUGAAUUCGGGAGGUUCCCAAAAAAUGGAUUUGAAGGGCCACCAAAAUCUAGACACCAAAAAUGACACAGGUAACUCUUUAGGAAAGUUUGCAAUGCCUUGGUGCUUUUAGUCACCUGGUCUUCUGGAGGAUAAUAUUUACUGCAGUUAAUAUGCUUUAACUACACAGAAUGUGUAUAUCUGAGCUUUGUUAUGUAUGACAGAUGUGAAUGCUUCUUUAUGGGCAUAUGACGCCUUGUUCCAAAUGUACAUAAUACGAGGAAGAAGAAAAAAUGAUAAAUACAGAAGGAAGUGCAAGCUGGGAUAUACUAAAAGUGUUCUCCAAAAAAAAAAAGGAAUGAGAGGAAUUCUUUCAUUCUGAAUUUUGAUAUUAUUUGUUCUCCUUCUGCCCUGCAUUCUGUAUUUUACAAUUUCUUUUUUGUGAGGGGGGGGGGGGGGUUCAACUAUAAAUAUUUUCAAAGAUUCAGAGCUAUGUCACAACUUGCUAAGAUCACUGACUGCUAGCUAAACUAAUGCUAGAGAAGAUGGAGCUGGGACCCCUGCUAUACUACCAUAUAAUCCAAUUCAAAGCAGAUAAUGUGGAUUUUAUCUGGCAGUGUAGAAGGGUCCUGACGUGAAUCUGAAUCCUAGGAAUGCUAGAAAUUUCUUAGAGCUAUCUUAAUCUCGACCUAACUUUGUGCCAAUUCACAAUCUAAUCUUUAUUAGAAGGUCUCUUUGAUCAUUUGAUCUCUGAGAUCGUGGAGCACAAUGGGAUUGCACUCACACAAAGGAAAUGUAACUUACUUAAAAAGCUUUCACCAAUUCCUUAUCCCCUACAGUUAAUAUAUUUUAUAUCAGGAUUGUUGCAUCAUUUUGUAAUUGAAGCAUGCACUGUUUUGUAGAAUUCUCAGUUCCCUUUACAUAAAAGCUUUUUAUUGUACUUUUAAAUGUGACCAUGUGUAGAUUUAAAAAAAAAAUGCUGUGGGUUAAUUGUGCAUACAUGUGCUUCUGCAUAUUGCAAAACACAUUUUUAAAAGUUGUUUCUCUAUGUAUCGAAAUAAAGAAAAUAAUAGGCUGUAUGUACACAUACACUUUUUGAUAUAUUUUCAAAAUAUACAUGUAUGUGCAUCAGUAAUGCAGAACCCAGAACAAAAAGAACCUGAAAACACAUUUGUAUGCAAUAAUGCCUUGUAAUGUCAUAUUUCUAGACUUCAGACAAAAUGUGUUCUUUUUAACGUCUACCCAAAGAAUUUAGCCAUUGUUUUGUGCUCUGCUAUGGCUGACUUGAUGAAUCAACCUGGACACAGCAUAUUAUUUGAGAACACAGAAAUGCUGGACCACUCUAACAAUCACCAUGUCAAACUACACAGAGAAACCAUUGAAAUCCACAAACGUGGACAAUUUCAACAGAAAGGAAGAAACCAUGAAAAUGUACAAAAUCUGGCAACCAGGAUUAAAAAAUACUCUAGAAUCUGGACAAUAAAUAAAGAACAUCACUCAGAAAACAGGAAACAAUCAAGGCCAGCUAAUACCUCCCAACAAAGGAUUCCUCCAUGCAGGAAGCAGCCAGGUUUUGAAGCUGCAAGGCCAUUAAGUACUAAUCACGGUGGCCAAUUGCAACUUUCACACUUACCUCAAGCAGACAAGAGUUCUUUCUCUCACCCUGCACAUUCCACAGAUAUAUAAACCCCACUUGCCCAGUUUACAACAGACCUCACAACUUCUGAAGUUGUUUUCCAUAGAUGUGGGUGAAACGUCAGGAGAGAAUGCUUCUGGAAAAAGGCCAAACAGCCCAGAAAACUCACAGCAACCCAGUCAGUCCAGACAUGAAAGCCUUCAAUAACACAUAAAAUAUUUUUUUGUGCGCUGAGCUGUUCAUAAGUUGUUAUAAACCUGAGGUUUUAAAUUCAACUAUAAUUUAGGAACUAUGAGCUGAAUGAUGGGAUUUUAAAAAAUACCAAUGAGAAUGUUAAGAGAAACAGUUUGGGUAAAUGGCUAGCAGAAACAAUUUAGGCAAUUAAUCUAUUAUGACAGAUUAAUCUAUUAUAAUUAUUUUUCCAUUCAUUCAUCAGCUACUAUCCUUAUAUUCUUUCCAAAAGGAAAAUAUAUUCAGUAGUGAAAAUAUAAGGUCAUCUGGGCUUCUGUUUGUUUAAAUACUGCUGGAUCCAGAGUGGUCAAAAACUUCUUAAUUUUUUGCUUAAAAAUCACAAGGGGAGAGAGAGAGAGGGAGGGAGGGAGGGAGGGAGGGAGAGAGAAUGAGAGAGAGAGAGAUCGAUUUACCACUCCUUGUCCAAUUUCUACUGCUUUUGUUAUACCUGAACAUUUCUACAGAGGACACCUUCCCCACCUCCUGAUUCCACUUUCAUGGUUCCCAUGAAAUGGUUGUACCACAGAAUGAUAUUCUACGACAGCAUUGUAUUGCAUUGUAAGUGUAUUGUAUUUUAUUGUAUUGUAGUUUCCAUAGCAGUACAGUACUUGUAAGAAUGAAAUUGUGGUGUGAGGAAAGAGCUUGGAUGAAACCCUGAAGAGCAAAUGCCAGGCAGGCUAAUCACAACUAUUAUUUAUGUGGGUGAGUUUGGAAGGGCUGUGAGUUUUAAAUGCCAUUUAAGUGUAUUUGUAGUAUUUUAAUCUGUUUUAAACCUUGACAAAGUGUGGGAUUGUUAACUGCCUUGAGUCUCCACAGCGGACUUAUAUUUAUAUCCUAUCUUUUCUCCACUCAGCUGAACAUAGUGUGCAUUGCUCUCCUUAUACCCACUUUAUCCUAUAAAGCUGGCCAGCCUCAGUUUCAUGCUUAAUAGGGAAGCAGAAUCUAGAUCUCCCAAGUCCUAGUUUAACAUUCCAACUAUUAAAUGUAUCGGCUCCCAGUGACAAUGUAGGUAGAUGGGGCAUUGACUUGGCUGCUCCAAUCUACUCUUUUCUUAGCUUCCUUUUUCAGUUCCACUCCCAAAAUGUCUUGCCCUCCACAAUAUGUUUUGCUAAUGUUAGAUGAAUUAGUGCAGGAGGCAUAUACAUAAUCAAGCACUGAAAUAGGUCCGUAACAUAAAAAUGACUUUUUAAAAGGCACUUUCUCAACAAAGCACACUGAGAGACAUGUACCAUUAAUGGAACAGCAAACUGUACAAAACCAAAAUGCAUUCAUUAUAAAGCAGUACGCCUAUGAGCAGUUUGUCUGAUCAGGCUAUGUAUCUCAGGAUUUAGCUAGUAGAAACAAACUGUUAAUAGAAACCCUGUAUGUGGAUGCAUUAACCUGCUGUGAUGAAGACAUCCUAAUUUAAUGGCAGUGGGGAUUUGUGACAGCAGAAAUUGAAAUAGAAGCUAGUCAGCUGCUGCUGUGACUCCAACUAUCUGCAUUAUCUCAUUUUAGCAGUUUCAUGAUUCUACCAAUUUAGGCCAUGUCACACUCCACAUGUACUUUUAGGAGGCCCUUCUAGACUCUAAAUUAUAGCAAUGUAUUUCAGAAAAGAAACAAGUCUUUGCCAUUCCUGUAAUUCUGUAAUAGGAAAAGAAGCAAUCUGUUUCAGGAAUCCAUUAUCAGUAUUCUGAAUUCAUUGGGAGAGGGGACAGGAUAAGUUAAGAUAAACAUCAGUCCCUCCAGAACAUAGUAGGUCUCAUCACAAGUUUACAUGGAACAUGACACUUGUAAAAAUUAAUAAUAUAAAUUGAGUAUUCAGGCAAACACAUCUCUUCUGAUUCCUUCAUAGAUAGAAGAACAAGUACCAAAUGUAGAUGGAGAGGGCCUUUUCUGCUGUGGCCCCCCGACUAUGGAAUUCACUGCCCAUUGAGAUUAGGCAAGCUCCCACUCUAUUAGCUUUUAAAAAAGAUUUAAAAACAUGGCUCUUGCGUUGUGCUUUUGGAGAGUAACUGCUAUUUAAUCCUUUUCUUGCUCCCCUCCAACAUCUUUCCUCUAGACUGUUCCACUUUCGUAUGUCCCUGCUCCCUGUGGUUUUUAUUCCUUUAUCUCUCUCACCCCGAGUUUUUUAUCUUUGUAUUCAUGCGGCCCGCCCCUGUUUUUACUGUUUCUUUGACUUGUGUUGUAAUGUAUAUUAUUACUUAUUGUAUUGUUUAAUUGCUCUAUGAUAUGUUGUUUUUAUAUUUUGUUAUACUGUUUUGUUCUGGGCAUGGCCCCAUGUAAGCCGCUCCGAGUCCCCGUUGGGGAGAUGGUGGCGGGGUAUAAAUACAGGUUUUUUAUUAUUAUUAUUAUUAUUAUUAUUAUUAUUAUUAUUAUUAUUAUUAUUAUGGAGAUGUUUAUUUUCCUGCUACCAGUUGUUUCAGUGGUUUUGGGUAAAUAUGUUAUUCUUGGUGGUUUAGGUAACAUGAGCAAGAAAACCUGAAAAUCCAUGAAAUCCAUUGCUGUUUGUCCUCAUGAAUUUCACCAAUCUCCAGUUAAUAUUCCAGGUUUUUUUUAGUUAAAUCAACUUUGCCCCACUUUGGGCAGAAUCAGCUUGUUGGAAAUUUUGGAGUAUUCAGGGACUCCAUGGCAGCCUGGACAGCCAAAUCUGAUGGAAACCAAUAUCCAGAUGGACAUUGUACCAUCAUACUUUCUUUGCUCUGAAUCCCCUUUUCUGUGAUACUCCUUCCUAGGUGCCCUGUUCUGACAUCAGUAGAAGCAACCCAUGAUAGCCAAAAGCUCAGGUGGAGCUCCAUAGCAGCCUGGGAAUGACAGUGGUGACACAGAGGAUGAUGCGACAGUCCAAUGAAGCCUUGGACUGAUUGUAUCAUCUGGAUGCUACCAUGGCACUGCAGUGAGUUAAUCUGGGUGUAUCCAGUUGGCUCCAGUUUUAGUGACCAGUACACAUUUUUUUCUAAGUGAGGUUAUUCUACUCUAAGAUCUUGAGAAACAGCUUGUAAAUAACUACUUACCUGCCAUUAAACUUUUCCCCAUUAGUAACGCUAUAAUUUUGUUACAUUUGCAGCUCCACCACUUUUGCAAUAUAGCUGUAAUUUUAACUAAUUUUAUAGUUACAGAGUAUGAAUCCCCUUAAAUGGCAAAGAAGGACUAUUGCAUGGUUCAAGUACACACAGCAGCUGCAUUUUUUUUUUCUGAGAACCUAUUUUAUACCACUUAUUUGAGAAAUGCAAAAGUAAAUAAUUUAUAAAUUGGAGUUGCAAUAGUACCUGUUAUCAAUCAAUCUACUAGGUCUUGGGAACAUUACUGUAACUAAUUACAUUUAAAGUAACUCUUCAAGCUCCAUUUCAAUCUUAGGAUCUGAAUUACUUUUGUAUCAUUGUAGUUUGCAAAUAAUAAAUAAUAUUUAAAAAACAUAGAGUAAUUGAAAAUUUACAAGUUGUAAAACUAGAGGGUGACAUGAAACAGAGGGAGGUUUUAACAGGGCUUUAACCCAGUUUCUUAAACCCGAUUGGGCCUGGGUUGAAGUCUGUACACCUCCCCCAACAUCCUCACUAUCUUGGGGGUGGGGUAUCCAGAUGCCUUGCUGAACAUUCUAGCAGGUCACCCAGACACAAAACAAAACCCACCAGAAAUCCUUAAAAAUAAAAUAACUCAGUUGCCAUUUAACUGCUGCCAGAGCUCUCCUGGCCCAUAGAAAUGACAUGCCAGGAGAAGGCGACAGGAGCAAUUUUCCUUCUCCCCCCUUUUCCUGGCGUGUCAUUUCUAUGCACCAGGAGAGCUCCAGCAACAGUUAUUUUAUUUUUAAGCCUUUUGGUGCGGGGGUGGGAGUUGGGGGGUUGUUAGAGCCCUUUCAGGUAUUCUGGGCUGAUUCAGCCAGUGGACUGCGUGGACUGCCCCCUCAGAAGUCCCAGAAAUUCCGAGGGGACAGUCCAGACAAGCCUCAUACCCCAUUAGACCUAGGCCUUUCAGGAAUGCCCAGGUCUAAAGUGGUAUCUAAUUAAUUUGGAACAAAGCAGGGUUUGUUCCUGUUUUGGUACGUCCCACAUAAAAACUAGGAAGGGUGUGCAUUUUAAAGGGAUGAAAUGAAAGGUGACAUUUUAAUGGGAGAGAAUGAUGCUCAUCAGGUGAGCUGUUUCUUUUCUCAUUCACACUUCCAAUCUUAACUCAUGCACUCCUGCCAGACCUGCAGCACAUAACACUGUUACUCAAAUACAGCCAUUCAUCACAACAAGAUAAUUUAGCUGAUUUUUUUUUUUUAAAAAAAGAAAGUUUGAAGGGAAUUUCAGGUCUUCCCGAAGUAGUUGAAAAGAAUGAAAGCUUCUAAGCCAACACACCUGUACCUUUUCAGAACAGCUGUUAGUAAUGUAUGCCACUUUGAUAGAAAGUAACAUAUUUUUUCUCCAACAUGGUACACAGAAGAUUAAUGCCCCUCAUUAAUCUCGUGUUAAGAAGAUGAAAAUGAAAGUCUUUGCCUUGCAGAGCAUAACAAUGGCCUUUCUCAUGUUUGUCUUUAACUUUACUUCAAUCAACAGCAAUCAGUGUCCUUUAACCUGUGUAAAAUUUAGCAAAGUAGGCUCUUAUCAAUUAAGUGACACAUGCUGAGACACACUUCCUGAGGUUUGAUUAUAAUGUUCUUUUAAUAAACAAGAAAGUAUAAGAUAUGUUUCCAGUGUGGUAGAUUGAGCUAAUGCCUUUUGUAAGUGAAUUCAUGCAAUCAUGCGUCUUUGAUCACUGAAAUGUUCAGAUCAGUAUCUAAAGCAAUAAAAAAUCAGACAUGCAUGACUUCACUGAUUGCAGUGACAGGGUCCAUUCUGAUUUUGACUGUGGCCUAAAAAGACUUUGUAAAAUUAAGACUUAAUGGCAGAAUCCCCCAGUCAGCAUGACCAGUUUUCCAAAGUCUGAAUAUAAGUGUCUGAGAAGGCUCCAUAGCCAUGAGCUGCAGGGAAUGUUUUCAUGAAAGAGCAAUCAUGAAAAUACACAUGAAAAUACACAUAAAUAUACAGGGUGUUUAAAAAAGAACUCCCUAGUUGUAAUGUGUUUUAAGUUAAAACUAGGGAGUUUUUUUUUCAAACACCCUGUAAUUUGUCUCUAGUAUUGCAACCUAGUUUUUCUAGAAUCAAAUUAAUGCUCUAUCCAUGUUCCAUCUUGAGAUAAUUUUACUCAUUGUAAGAGAUAAAAGUGACACAAAGUUUAUGACACAGUAAUUGCCUGCAUCUAUAUUCUUCAGAUCAACUUUAUUAGGCUACAGUUAGGGCUAGUUUACACAAGGGAUGGAAAUUACAGUGAUGUGUCUUCUUUUUCUAAUCUAGUAACAUUCUGAAUAAAUGAUUUUCUGGGCAAGACCAAUAAUACAAUUCACUACAUUGGAAUAAUAUUAUACCUGUUUUGUACCUAUAGUGUUGCUAUAGAAAUUAUGUAGAUAAUAGUGUCGAUCGAUAGAAAGGGUUAACCUCCAACCUUUCUCUCUGAAGGUCCUGAAUGUACAUAACAAUAAUAAAAUAGCAUUCAGAAUACAAUCUUUACUAAAACUCAAUACAGAAACAAAUAUGUUAAAAUGCAAUUAAAAACACCACAAAAAAUGAAAAAGUUUGCACCCAACCAGUUAGAUCCUUGACUGCAAUCAUGUUUACAUGCAAAGACUUCAAGUAGGCCCUACCUGCAUAAAAAAGGUCCCUUCCACAUAGCUGCAUAAAAUCCACAUUGAACUGGAUUAUAUGGCAGUGUGAAUUCAGAUAACCCAGUUAAAAGCAGAUACUUUGGGGGCCCUUCCACACAGCCCUAUAUCCCAGAAUAUCAAGGCAGAAAAUCCCACAAUAUCUGCUUUGAACUGGGUUAUCUGAGUCCACACUCAGAUAAUGUGGGUUUUUCUGCCUUGAUAUUCUGAAUAUAGGGCUGUGUGGAAGGACUCUGGGUUACUGCCUUGAUAUUAUGGGUUAUAUGGCUAUUUGGAAGGGCCCUGUGUGUUGUAGUAGAGCCUGUGAGUAACAUUACAAACAGUAGUAUGGGUACCAGAAGGGAAAAAAGGGUUACUCAGGAGCAGGAAUCUGAUGAAGAGCAGCAGAGAAAGAGGAUCCGGGACAUACUUACAGCACGUACAGAUGAGGAGUCAUUUGAGGGAUUCUCUGGGGUCAAUGGGUCAAUGAGUGAAGGAGAAAAAGGAGACACAAUGGAUUGGACUAAGAUAAGAGAAGUGCAAGCUAUUUGUGAGGCACCAACAACUAAUGGUACCUUUAUGGGGUUCUCUGGGAGUGAAGACUGGCAAUCAGGGGAUUCAACUAAUUCUUGGGGGGAUCUAAGUCUUGACAGGAGAUGGAGGAAUUGGAGGGAGAGUCAAAGGAAUUCAUAUGAAGAGCUGGGAGCAGCUGUGGGAGAUGGUGAUGGGGCGGUGGUCAGUUCAUCAUGGUUUGUAGAUAUAAGUGGGUUCAGGAGUAAGGGGUCUUUGCAGAAGACAAGGUGUUGAUGUGUGUUCAUGUGCUGGGUAUUGGGAAAGUUUCGUGUAGUCUUGCGGCUGCCUGUUUCAUGUUCGGUUCUGCAGUUUGGACCUGAACUGGUUUGGCUGGAGAUGCUGCUUCUGCAGACAUUGGAGCAACACUGCUUUGGAUUCUUCAUGCUUCGACCUUGGACUUCGGCUGACGAUGCUUCUCUUCUUGUAACUCCUUCUGUUAACCAUUUGUGUACUGUGCCUUUUUGUUUUGCCUUAGAGCACUUUGUUUGACUUGUUGCUUUUUGCAUCCAGUUGAUCUGGAUUACAUUUCUGUUUACCCUUUGAACCAGGUCUGGUUUGGGUUUUUGAGUUUUUGACCAGUGGAACUGCAUUUAAGUAUCUCUGUGUCCUUUUCCUUUUGUUUCAAUGAACUCUGUUUUGAAGACACUUUUAAGUCUGGCCCUUUAAGGCGUCUGUGAUUCCAACACUAUGUCUAUUUGCAUAGAUCAUCGGAGUUGUUUCGGGUCGUUGGGGAACUCCUUCAGCCACCUGUGGUGGAGGAGACUUUUGACGACCCAGCAACUCGGUGUCGCGAUUUCGCACACCAUUUUGCAGACAAAGUUGCUCAGAUAGGCUUUGAGCUCGAUUCCAAUUUCACCACAGUGCCAGGGGAGGUGAUUGAGGCAUCUGCUUGUCCGAUUUUGUGGGAUUCUUUUAGGCUUGUUCUUCCUGAGACCGUGGUGGAGGUCCUUGGGGCUGUGAGGGCAACCAUGUCAGUUCUGGACCCUUGCCCGUCUUGGCUAAUCAAAUCAGCCAGGGAGGGGCUGGUUGACUGGUUUGUGUUGAUCAUUAAUGCAUCGUUGGAGCAGGGGUUUUUUCCAUCUUACCUGAAACAAGCUGUGGUUCGUCCACUCCUUAAAAAGGUUUCCCUUGACUCCACGGUGCUGAACAAUUUCAGACCAAUCUCCAACCUCCCUUUCUUGGGUAAGGUGCUGGAGCGGGUGGUUGCCUCCCAGCUCCAGGGCUUUCUAGAUGACAUCAACUACCUAGAUCAGUCACAGUCUGGUUUCAGGCCUGGUCACGGCACCGAGACAGCCUUGGUCGCCUUGGUGGAUGACCUCCGUAGAGAGCUGGACAGGGGGAGUGUGACCCUGUUGGCUCUCUUGGACAUCUCAGCGGCUUUCGAUACCAUCGAUCAUGGUAUCCUUCUGGGACGACUCUCUGGGAUGGGUCUCGGGGGCACGGUUUUGUCAUGGCUCCGAUCUUUCCUGGAGGGUCGAUCCCAGAUGGUGAAGCUGGGAGACGCCUGCUCGGACCCCUGGCCUUUGAGCUGUGGGGUCCCGCAAGGCUCUAUUCUGUCUCCCAUGCUCUUUAACAUCUACAUGAAACUGCUGGGAGAGGUCAUCCGGAGUUUUGGAGUUGGGUGUCACCUCUAUGCAGAUGACGCACAACUCUACUACUCUUUUCCACCUAAUUCCAAGGAGGCCUCUCGGGUGCUGGACGAGUGCCUGGCCGCUGUGUCUAUCUGGAUGAGGAGGAACAAGCUGAAGAUCAAUCCCGACAAGACAGAGGUCCUCCUGGUCGAUCGUAAUCCUGACCGGGGUAUAGGGUGGCAACCUGUGCUGGACGGGGUUACACUCCCCCUGAAGCCACAGGUCCGCAGUCUGGGAGUCCUCUUGGAUUCAUCACUUACGCUCGAGGCUCAGGCGUUGGCGGUGUCUGGGAGGGCCUUCGCACAAUUGAGACUCGUGCGCCAACUGUGACCGUACCUCGCGAAGGCUGAUCUGGCCGGGGUGGUCCAUGCCUUCGUCACCUCCAGACUGGACUACUGUAAUGCGCUCUACGUGGGGCUGCCCUUGAAAACGGCUCGGAAGUUCCAACUGGUCCAACGAGCGGCAGCCAGGAUGUUAACUGGGGCCCCUUACAGAGAGAGGUCAACCCUCCUGUUCAAGGAGCUCCACUGGCUGCCAUUUAUUUUCCGAGCCCAAUUUAAGGUGCAGGUGCUUACCUACAAAGCCCUGAAUGGUUUGGGGCCAUCCUACCUCCGUGACCGCAUCUCCGUCUACGAACCCACACGUUCACUUCGGUCAUCUGGAGAGGCCCUGCUCGUGAUUCUGCCUGCGUCGCAAGCGCGGUUGGUGGAGACACGAGACAGGGCCUUCUCCGUGGUGGCCCCCUGACUCUGGAACACCCUCCCCAAGGAUCUCAGACAGGCCCCUACAUUGGCAGUCUUCAGAAAGAACUUGAAGACCUGGCUGUUCCAAUGUGCCUUCCCAGAUUAAUAGGAAAUCUCCAAUACCAAGUCCCAUAAGCACUUUAUUAGAACUAAGAUCGUAUAUCGCACUCUGCACUUGCCCUAUAAGCCUUAUAUAUCACCUGUCACAUCAGCACUUUUAAUCUUGUACCCAUUACUCUGGCCCGGCCCAGUUUUAUUGUGUUUUAGCGUAUUGUUUAUUGCUUGUUGUUUUUACUGUUUUAAUUGUUUUUAAUUUGCCUUUUGUUUUGUAUUGUUAUAUUGUGUGUUGAGGCCUUGGUCUUUGUAAGCCGCAUCGAGUCCUUCGGGAGAUGCUAGCGGGGUACAAAUAAAGUUUAAUAAUAAAAAUAAUAAUAAUAGCAGGCAAAAAUAGUAAGGAAAUAAACCUAAUUGCUUCUGGAGUUGAUGUCUAGCAUCUGAGACCCUUUCAGCAAGCCCUUUCUCAUGUCCCUAUCAGAUGUACUUCAAAUGACUGUGGUACCAAUGAAAGGGCCUACCCAUAUCUCCUUAAAACUUGUGCAUGUUCACAAGUCAUCUAGAGAAUGGAAGAGACAUAUUAAAAAUAAUGAAAUAAUUAUUUUCUUCACGAACUAAAGCAGAGCUAGGUUAUGUUACGGCUGUAAUGUAACAAAGAAUAAUGUGAAUAUAACUUUCACUUAUGUGUAUAGUCAUAGGGUGUGUGGUGUCCUCAUUUUGGUGUUUUAUUGUAUCAGAGCCUAAUUGUACUGAUUCUUCCUGAAGUAAGUCAUUUCGAAAUAAUAAAGAAAGAGCUAUUUUAAAAAAUACAACAGUAACUACUGUGUUUCCCCCAAAAUAAGACAUAUCCAUAUAAUAAGUCAUAGCAGGAUUUCUAAGCAUUUGCGCAUACAAGCCAUACCCUGAAAAUAAGACAUAGUGAUAGGUGUACUGGUGCAGAGCGGUAAAGAAGGUGGCCACCCCUUCCUUCUGCCAUGGCCGCAGCUGACUUACCAGUUCACAUCAGCAUGCCCUCCUUCCUGCCCAAGCAAGGAAAGGUCACAAGGCAUUCCAAAGUCUCCCAAAUGGAGGGAGCAGGAGCAGUGGCAAGCUUCAGUAAGGGGAAUAAUGCAAGAAGGCAAAGGGGGAGAGACUCAUGGGCGACCACCCCACCCACAGUGCAGCUGCAGGGCUCUUCCCUGGUGCUCUUGCUGCCAGAGGAGGAUGCCGGAGUGCUAUUCACUGGGCCAUCUCUCUCACUGUCACAAAGCUUGGGUGCCAAAACAUUCCCUCCCUCACAGGAGCAGCAGCCCCUUCCAGAGAAAGGGAGGCAUCUGGCCAUCAUGCCAUCCAAGCACUUAAGAUAUAAAGCGCUCAUGAAUAUAAGAAUAAGACAUCCCCUGAAAAUAAGCCAUUGUGUGCCUUCCUGAGGAAAAAUAAAUAUAAGACAGUGUCUUAUUUUCAAAGGAAUAUAGCAUUUACUUUUGGAGUCCUUGUAACAAUGGUUUGCCAAACUCUGAUACCAAGCAGCACUUUGAACAGCACCUGCUGGAAACAAGCGAGUAGUCCCCGAAGUUGUUUCAACAAGAGAAACACACAUUCCCUAUAACUAGUGAGCUACCUUGAAAAAACAUUGUAGACAACUUGAACAGCAAUCUAGCAGAACUAUUUCAUGCCUUCUUUGCCUCGGUCUUCUCACAAAAAGAAAGCCAGCCUCAACCUCAGCAACAUGGAGUGGAUGAAGGAUUGGGGGAAAUCCAACCCCAAAUAGGGAAAGAAGUCAUCCAGGAAUACCUGGCCACAACUACACCCAAGAGUAUUGAAGGACCUAGCAGAAGUUAUUUCGGAACCACUAGCAAUCAUUUUUUAGAGUUCUUGGAGAACGGGAGAAUCCCAGCAGAUUGGAGGAGGGCGAAUGUGGUCCUUAUCUACAAGAAGGGAAAAAGGACGACCCAAACGAUUACCAGCCUCACGUCGAUACCAGGCAAGAUUCUGGAAAGGAUCAUUAAGGAAGUGGUCUGCAAACACUUAGAAACAAAUGUGGUCAUUGCUAAUAGUCAACAUGGAUUUACCAAAAACAAAUCAUGCCAGAAUAAUCUGAUCUCUUUCUUCGAUAGAGUUACGAGCUGGGUAGAUGCGGGGAAUGCCAUGAAUAUAGCCUAUCUGGAUUUCAGUAAGACCUUCGACAAGAUCCCCCAUUACCUUCUGGCAAACAAGCUAGUCAAAUGUUGGCUAGGCAAAACUACGGUUAGGUGGAUCUGUAAUUGGUUAAGUGAACGAACCCAAAUAGUGCUCACCAAUGCGUCAUCUUCAUCUUGGAAAGAAGUCACGAGUGGAGUGCUGCAGGGUUCUGUCCUGGGCCCGGUUCUGUUCAACGUCUUUAUUAACGACUUAGACGAAGGGUUAAAAGACACAAUAAUCAAGUUUGCACCAAACUGGGAGGGAUAGCUAAUACUCCAGAAGACAGGAGUAGAAUUCAAAAUGAUCUUGACAGAUUAGAGAGAUGGGCCAAAACUAACAAAAUGAAGUUCAACAGUGAUAAAUGCAAGAUACUUCACUUGGGCAGAAAAAAUGAAAUGCAAAGAUAUAGAAUGGGGGACGCCUGACUAGACAGCAGUACGUGUGAAAAAUACCUUGGAGUCGUCAUGGACAACAAGUUAAACAUGAGCCAACAAUGUGAUGCGGCGGUGAAAAAAGCCAAUGGGAUUUUGACCUGCAUCAAAAGUUAUCUAGUAUCUAGAUUCAGGGAAGUCAUGCUACCCCUCUAUUCUGCCUUGGUCAGGCCACACCUGGAAUACUGUGUUCACUUCUGAGCACCGCAGUUGAAAGGAGAUGUUGACAAGCUGGAAAGCUUCCAGAGGAGGGUGACUAAAAUGAUCAAGGGUCUGGAGAACAAGCCCUGUGAGGAGCGGCUUAAUGAGCUUGGUAUCUUUAGCCUGCAGAAGAGAAGGCUGAGAGGAGACAUGAUAGCCAUGUACAAAUAUGUGAGGGGAAGUCAUAGGGAGGAGGGAGCAAGCUUGUUUGCUGCUGCCUUGCAGACUAGAACUUGGAACAAUGGGUUCAAACAACAGGAAUGGAGAUUCCACUUGAACAUCAGGAAGAACUUCCUCACUGUGAGAGCUGUCUGGCAGUGGAACUCUCUCCCCCUGACUGUGCUGGAGGCUCCUUCUUUGGAGGCUUUUAAGCAGAGGCUGGAUGGCCAUCUGUCUGGGGUGCUUUGAAUGAGAUUUUCCUGCUUCUUGCAGGGGGUUGGACUGGAUGGCCCGUGAGGUCUCUUCCAACUCUACAAUUCUAUGAUUCUAUAAUUUUAGCAUGAAGCACAGUACAUCCUUCCAAAAAGGAAGUAGCAGAGGCAUGGGUCACAACGGAUGGAUCAGACACCUCAGGAAAAGGUGCAGCUGAUACCCCAUUCUCAAUUAAGCACUAUCAAAAUGAGAUGUACUCAGUCUGUGAAGGUGGGGGUUUUCUGGGGAGGGGGGUGACUCCCAUCAAGGUUAAAUUCAUCUUUUGUGACUUGACUUCCAAAUGACCAUGGGCAGCUCUGACUUGUAUGGGUUAUGCUUCUCUAUGUUUCAAUUUUUAAUUCGUCACUAUGGAAGCAUAUACAAAAUAAAAGCAUUUUCAGAAUCACUAAAUGGACUCUGUAAGCAGGUUUAAAUCUAAAAUUAUAUGCAUUUUCUCUCACACGCAUGUAUCAUUAGUUCUUUCUCUGUCUAUGUGUGCAUACACACAGAGAAACAAAUAAAAGCUUUUAUAGAAAUAUUUGGGAGGAUUUCCCUUCCCCCAGUCUUCUGAAGGUCACAUUAUUCUUCAGAUUACAUAUGGAUUAGAUUGAACUGGACCUCCACUUAGUGAGCCAAGAAAAGCAAUACAAAAAUGUCAAUUGCAUGAGGAAGCUUCGAACAAUGCAAAGUUAUCUGAUAAAUGUGAAUGAGAUGCUUUUCUUUACCCAUUUUCCCCCACCAGGGCCAUAACUGCUGCUGCUGGAAAAAGAUGACAGACUAAUUGUGUCUGCCUAGAACUGGGUUGUAAGUUUACAUUACAAUGCAUGUGUUCUGUCAUUAUAGCACGGUAUGAAGGAUAAUGGCUUUGACUGCACUAUGCCACAGGCAAAAGCUGCUUCUAAAAGUCACUUAGGAAUCAGCAUAGCAGAAGAUUAAUCUGUUGUUGUUUUUUUAUUUACUGUGCGUCUAACUCAAGCUGAUUAUUAUUCAAAGGAGGAACAGUAACGUUCAUAUUUCCCAACAUACUUUCUUUAGAGUUGUUCUGAUCCAAUAGUAUUUUGGUAAUGGAUCAGUGGAACAAAUCUCCUGCUUCAAGUGCUUUCAAAAGGCAUUAAAGUUAAGGGAAAGUCACAAAUCCAGUCACAGCCAAUGCCCACUAUUAACUGCUGUGAUAGAGAUUACUCCUCCGGCACUGUGACAAAACCCAUCCAGAAUGAAGAUUGGAGGCUUGUGCCAAAUUAGUUCUGACAUGGUGACCAGAUCAAUCUGCAUGAAACUUGGUUUCAUUUGGAAUAGCACAUGCAUGAGAUCCUGACAUGUCAUUAAAGAUUGAAAGAGAACACAUCUGGCAACCUCAUCCACUGGCCCAUUGCUCUUUCACCCUUGCUUUACUAUUACAUUACUAGGGAAGACAUCAUCUGUGCUCCAGACAGGAAAGUUUAACUAUAGGCAUGAUUAUCCCUAGAGUUAGUGAGGAAAUAACAUCAAAAGGGAGUGAUGUUGUGACAGGGUUCAAAUAGCAUGCCAGAUAGAGAGAAGGAUAACUUAUCAUUUUGUGCAAUUCUAUGCUUCUAUAUGAUAUCUGUUAGAGCUGUGCAAAACUAUUGUUAGUCCUCCUAAGUCGUUAGUAAUUUGUUAAUUCAUGAAAAUGAAUUGUUAUAAAGAAACAUGCAGGAAACGGGAAACAUUUAAGAAUCAUUUUUUUUAAGAUUCUGUAGCAUUUGGAAGCCUCCCAAAGUCAGUUUAAUUUUCAGUAUAAGCAUUAAACGACUUUGGUAAAGCUAGUGUUUAAAUUAAGACCGAGGCUGCUUGCCGGUCACCAUACGGACGGGCAGCUAAAUGUUGAAUUUAGGGGCAAAGGUUUUGUGUUAAUCUUGUGCACAAUAAGUCCUGAACUGCAAGUAGUCUUCCAAAUUUGCAACAAGAUUGCUUUAGGAGGGGAGAACAGCUGUAGCCAGGUGCCCCCUUGGCAUCAUUCAGUGUCCCUGGCCACUAUGUAGCAGAAAAAGUGUGUCUGCCUUUUCAGGGAAGGUAGUUGAAUAGAACGGCAUGAAUACAGUGUUUCACUCUUCAUGUAUGGUUUUAUUAUCUGAAAUAUAACAUUUAGUAUGAAAAACUCUUUGCCAGUUUCAUGAAAUACCUAUUAGACAAGUCUUUCCUGUGUUUCCAUAGUGACCUCUUUAUUACAGCACAGAAAAAUAUAUUAAUACUCACUGUUUUUCUAUUUAUCUAUAUCUCUCUGCCUCUCUCCUUCAGACUAACAUGAAUAGCAAAAGAUAAACAAGGUUGAGAAAUGGCCAAAUUGUCCAGUAAUGAAACAAAUGCUCUCUGAGGACAAUUUAUUUUAGCACUAUUACCCUUGGAUCCUCCUUCUCCUUUGGACUGGCUUUUUGUGAUGAUUAAGGUGUUCACUGAAGAUUACUCUGUGUGUUGCUUGCAACGGAUGUUUGCAUUCCAUUCAGGCAUUAUAUGCACUCUUUGGUCCUCUCUCCCAAAUGCCCACUACUACCAAAAGGGGCGGCCUGGAGCAGAGCAUUAUUGGCAUUUGAAUCAUAGUAGCUUUAGCAGUUUAAAUGUCUUGAGACUCCAUUUAAUACAGCAGCAAGUAGCAGAAAUCCAGUAUUGCAAGGUUUUAGAUUAUCACUCCUGGUCCAGGUUUAAUAGCCCCAUUUGUGAAAGUCAUUUUCUGUGUUUUACAUUAUUGUUCAAAUGACUAGGAGCUUAGAACAAAUUUACAAUGGUGGUAAUAUUUCUGUUUUAUGGAGCACAACAAGAAAGUAAAGAUUUUCUAGUAGGCAAUUGGCAUUUCUUUUCCUCUGGGGAAAAAAGUGAACUGCAUAUGAAAUGUUUUUCAAGUAUUCUUCUCAAUAUUUUAUGUUCAGAGAAAAGAGAUCCAUUACACAUGAGUGCUAAACCACUAGGCUGGAGAUUCUACUUUCAGAGCUGUUGUGUGGCUGAAUGAAUGAUCAAAUAUCUAAAUACUGUUCACAGUUACACUUGUAAGGAAAGGGAGCAAUCAGUCUCUAUAUGUUUUGCAUAUGCAUUUUUAAUGAUUCUGUGUUUUUGGGGAAACUGUGAAGCCCUUUCCUAAAGAGAACAUAAAAAAGCAACCAUUCUUUUCUCUCUCAAGGCUUGAUUACACAGUUUUAGGGCCUUAUCACAAAGCCUACGGAUUCACCAUGCAUCAUGAUAAAUUUGUGGGGUCCCUGUGAGGGGUGUGGAGAAACCAUUGCUCCAUGCCCUGCAUUGCCCGACUUACCUCUGCCCCCAUCCCACGGGGGAAGCGUCGCCACAUGGCUUCCUACCAUUGCUCCAAAGGCAACACAGGAAGCCUCCCUUGUUGCCACCACAGUGGCGUACACCUCUUGCUCUCUCCUUUCACCAUAGAGCUGUCCAAGAGUCACUCUGCAUCAUGUAAUAGACUCCAUGGCAAAAGGGGAGAGGAAGUGGCAUACGACGGGCAAAUCCAUUUGAUGAGAUUGUUAAUAAAACAUAUUCUGUGUGGUCACUUCUGGCUGUCUACAUGAUUUCCUGCAACUUCUAGUGCUUAUUGAGGGGCAAACCAAUUUAGCUCCACGUUAAGAAAAAUUGGGAGGUGCUCUGGAGUUUUACUGAAACCCCUGAAUAACACCAUGGUUUCAGUAAAGUAUGGACAAAAGGGCUGGGUGUGAUAUGAGUCUGUCCACUAUCCACACAGGCCACUGCCACCAUCCCAUUUUCCUUGUUCUCAUCAAUGAGGAGGAGGGACUUUCUCCCUCCUUCUUCCUGCUCAUGCAGAUACCUCUGCCGCAACAGCCAGGAGAUCUCACAUAGCUCUGUGAACAUUUAACACUAACAAUGGUGACACAGAUGUUAAGGUGAUAGUCUAGUAGGACUGAGGAAGUCUUGGCCUGGCAACUGCCUGGACCCAAUUUCAAAACUGUAGGUUGGGGACAGUAUUUGUGACUGCCUCUGGGGACAGUCCAGAGUGUUAUAAGUUGUAGAUAUAAAUAAAUAGAAGUUUUACCACAGUUUCUGAACCAAGAUAUACCUUGCAGUAUAAGAAAGUGUCUCUUAGGCUUGUGUAACAAGUAACAGUAUAUUUACUUCGUUUCAAAAAAUCUAAUAGGGCAACAAUAUAUACAGCAGUUUCUCUGAAUUCACACAGAGAACAGAGGCAAUAAACAGUCCCUUUAAACAGUCUUUAAAUAUGCCUCAUUUCCUUAUAAAUAAUCCAGCUUCAGAGAGUUGGCAGCCAUUUCCUUCCUGACCAUUUCCAGCCAGUGCUCUCUUCACUCUCCGAGGUGAAAGUGGCAGUUAAAACCAUUUGUCUAAGCACUAAGCUAGAGACAGUAGCCAAUUGGGAUUCUGGCUCCUGGCUGGCUCAGCCUGUGCACACAUGCCUUUCCAGUCAACCCAUUAUAUCAUGGUGCCUUUUUACAAAUCCUCACACAGAGCAUUCUGUCCCCUAUAAACAAGGAAUCUAUAUAAAUGAGGCCUAAGACUUCACCUGAGCAUUUCCAGUCAGGCAAAAACGAACAAAAAUCUUAAUUAUAUAAUUAGAUUAUCCAUGGAUGGAAGAAUAAAUCCCGCCUCCACAUCAGCAUCUGGAUGAUCAAGUAAAGACUUCUGGUAACCAACUGGAAAAUAAAAGCCAACUUAUUUUGUCCUUGUAUGAAUCAGCCCACAUUUUGAGAAGUUUGGUAGACCUCUCUUUCUUAGCGCCAUCAUUAUCACAGAAACUUUAGUUAAGGACACAGAAAAAAGUCCUAGGUGACUGUUCUCUGGCUGUGGCACUCUUUCCACAAGAGGUCAAGUUGACCACCUCUCUGCUCUUUAUAAGGAAAGACCUUUUGGAUUAGGCAUACUUUUGAUUCAUAAAUCAUGUAACAGAGGAUUUUGUAAAAAAUACUAUGUUGCAUUUUUAUCUUUUUAGCUAUUUUAAUAAGUUUAAAGAUCUUAGCAGCCUUUUCAUUCUAAGGACCUCAACACAUGGAGGUCCAGAAUCCUGAGGACAGCUGGGGACAGUGUGGGAAACUGUGGGGCAGCACUCAACUUCAUAUCUUUACCAUGGUUCAUCAUGGGGUGCCUUAUCAUGUUUCCCCACUGUCCCUGGCUUCUUCAAAGAGGAGACUGGUAGUUACACUGCCAAGACAGAGUCCAGUGGUACUCUGCUGGAAGUAGCCCUGUCAUAUGAUGUGUUCCAGUGGACCCUGUCCUGGCAGCGUUCUAGGAUGGGGAAAAAAACUCAACUGAUGAGGUGGUAAAUUAUAUUACGAUAUUUGGGGUCUCAUGUCCAAGCAUCCUAAGGAGAAAGGAAGGACUUAAACUAGAUAACUAAAUAAUCUUAUAGUCAGGAUAUGUUGGAAUUUAUAGAAAGUAAAACAGUUAUUUACUGCUGCAACGUCAAGUCUGUUUCAGGGUGACAAUUCAAAGUGGUAGUUAUGACUGCAUCUACACCAAACUAUAUUUUAAAGAGCGGUAUAGAGUUGGCAUCUGUAUUAUCUGCUUUGAUAAUUUGGAUUAUAACAGACCCACUGCUAUGUUGCCAGGUAGAAGCAGCUUCUUACAGAGGUUUGUUGCCAACAUCACUUCUGUUGAGAUCAUGACAAGGUGCUCUCUGAGGGAACUGCUUUCGGCUGGCAAUAGAGAGAUAGUGGCUUCAAUGCAACCUCAGGAUUUCCAUCUGGACAACAAAAGGACUCCAGGAACAUUUCCAUUUCCAAGCAGCUCUGGAGCAACAGUAUUCUGGAUUAUUUGAGUAAAGAGAUCACCAUACUACACUUUAAACUUAAAGAGUUGGCAUCUUACUUUAAAUCCCAUGGCUGCCUUCUGCAGAAUUCUGCAGUUUGUAUUUAGGGAAGGGCCCUCAAAAAUUUCAAAGAGGCCUCACUACACUACAAACCCUAGAAUUCCAUAGGCGGCACAACAGGAUUUAAAAUGGAAUGCCAACUCUAUACCUGCUCUUUAAAAUAUAGUUUGGUGUAGAUGUAGUCAUAACUACCACUUUGAAUUGUCACCCUGACAAUCCAUACAGCUGGAUGCAAGGAUCUGAUCCUAGGCUUUGAAAUUGCUUUAUAUGAGUCUCCACUGCCAAAUAAUCUGGGAUAAGUAGAUAAUCUGGGAUCAGAUACUGGGAUAUAAGGCAGCGUAGAAGGGACCUUGAACUACUAUUCAACAGAGUAUCCAUCUUAUUAUAGGAGCCCCGGUGGCGAAGUGCAUUAAAGCACUGAGCUGGAGACCGAAAGGUCCCAGGUUCAAACCCUGGGAGCGGCGUGAGCGGCCGCUGUUAGCUCCAGCUCCUGCCAACCUAGCAGUUCGAAAACAUGCCAAUGUGAGUAGAUCAAUAGGUACCGCUCAGGCGGGAAGGUAACGGCACUCCAUGCAGUCAUGCCAGCCACAUGACCUUGGAGGUGUCUACGGACAACGCCGGCUCUUCAGCUUAGAAAUGGAGAUGAGCACUAACCCCCAGAGUCAGACAUGACUGGACUUAACGUCAGGGGAAACCUUUACCUUUACCUUAUCCAUCUUAUUAGGAUCCAGCAUCAUCUUAUUGACUCUUAGGCCCCAUCUACACUGCCAGAUAAAACCCAAAUUAUCUACUUUGAACUGGAUUAUAUGGCAGUGUAGACUCAGAUUAUCCAGUACAAAUCAGAUAAUGUGGAUUAUCUGCUUUGAUAAUCUAGAUUAUAUGACAGUGUAGAUGGGGCCUUAUUCAGACUAUUUAAGUAUCCAGGCACUGUUUAAGCAUCAGAGCACCUAUAUCUGAUUCCAAUAACAAGGAAAAGUAAAAUUGGAUGUCAUAUUAAUACACAUGUAUCCAAGCCAUAAAUCUCUAAUGAGCUCUCAUAGCAGUUUUUAAUUCUAUACCACUUUUACACUAUCCAUUGUACAAGGAGAAUUACAGACUUCACAGCAUUAGGCAGUGAUUGAAAACACUGUUUAAUACUGGGACCAAACCUUGAACCAAAUGUAGCUAAUUGCUAGAAGCUAAUUUUCCCAUUUUCUGAUUUUGUCAUAGAGCCAGUUCUUCAGAUUCACCAGUUUCCUACUUUUUUUUUAAAAAAAAACAACAACUAAUAUUUGAAAAAUAUUUAUACAUUACAUGUUCAUCUUCUUCCUCACUCUGGCCUUGAAAUGUAGCUUUUAAAAAUGGGAGCAUACAGAUCGGUUCCCACUCCCCAUUAUGAUCUAGAACUGUUGUUCUUUAUUCUUUUUUUUGCCCCCCAGAACUUGUUGGGAACUUGACUAAACCUUCCCUUUUAACAGAAAAACAUUUAGACAUAAAACUAUGUUUUCACUUUAAGAUUCAUUGUGAUGGGAACAAAUCCAAAGCAAACAUAAAGGAAAUACAGAAAAAAAGUUUUUUCACUCAGUUCACAUAUCCUCUGAACCCCAUCCAUGGUCCCCAAAUAACCCCUAAUGAUCCCUAUAUUAAGACCAAAAAAGAGUUUCAGCCUCCCCGCCCCCCCUUGGUACUUUUAGCUUUUGACUGCUGAAACUGAAAAAAAAUUCAGCCUUUCACUAGUAAAGUGCUAAGUGCUAAGAAAAAAAAAUGUUCUUCUUAAUUUGUGUGUGUUGUGCAUGUAGGGACAGAAAAGAAAGAUGACAGCACUGAAGGUAAGAGAGUCGUUUCCUCCAGCAGUGUUUACAAUGUGUCAUUCAAGAUAUUAUUCAGUAGUAGCCCCACUAAGAUCAGUUAGACAUAUUCCUAGGUCAGUAAGUGUAUCACUGAAGUCAUAGAGCAUUAUUUGGGUAUUACUCAGGAAACUCUUAUACUGUAACUCACAAUGUGUUCGUUUUUAAGUGCCAGAAGUGGCAGUGUUAUCCAAAGAGAAAUACAGCUGUCACUAAGGAAUGAAAAGAAUACUCAAAGACUCAAGUAAGAAAGAAAUGACAGAAAGAGUUGUCCAGUGUUCAGAAACCUUAAUAUGAAGACUCCGUCUCAAGCUUCUUUGUCUCUGCUCCUCAUAUUUUCCUGUCCACUAAGAAGCCUCACUGUUCUCCACCCUCUGUCACAUUACCUUGAACAAGGAGGUUCACCACCAGUAUACUGUGAUGAAAUAAUCCUGCAUGAUAGGCUGGAGAGGUCCCAAAAGUGCAUGUAUCAGUGUGUCUUGUGAGAAUAGAAAGCUGAGAAUAGUUUGUCACUAGCUAUGAAAUCCAAUGACAGAUUAUCCUUAUUUCUCUGUCACUGUAUACCUCAUUGUCUGCUACAUGGUCUUUCUGUUGAACUCUGAGCAUAGCUGAACUACCAAAUUGAUGAUUCCAGCAGCAAAACUCAUGCUCUCUGGAGGAAAUGCUUGCAGGAUCAGCAAAAUCUGGUGUCCAAUUUUGUUUUGUCGUUACAUUCCUGAGACCCAUUUUACCAGAAUAGGUACCAUCUAUAAUGGCAGUCAUGCUUGACCUCUUCCUGGAGCCCAAAGGAGCUGGAUGGCACACCCAUCCUGCCCUCCUAGCUUCCCAUUUACCCCAGAAAUGUACAUGAGUGGUCUGGCUGUAUACUCAGGCCCCUUCGGUGAAAGCUCCUGGAAUGUGAAAUUGAGCAUCAGGAAGUUGGGAGAGGAGGAGGGAUGUUCUUCCCCCCAACCUCCUGAGGCAUCAUUUUCACAUGCCAGGGACCUUCCCCAGAGGGGCCUGAGCAUGCAGCCAGGCCUCUCACAUACAUUUUUGCGGCUAAAUGGGGGACUGGGGGCUGGCUCUAUGGCCUCCUGGAUCAGCUAUGCACACACACACACACACACACACACACACACACACACACACUGGCCUGGGAAAGCCUGAGGCUUGGGAUGAAUGUGGGGCUUAAAUCCUGGGAGGAACCAAGAUCCCAGAUUAUCUGCUUUGAACUGGAUUAUAUGAGUCUACACUGCCAGAUAAUCCAGUUCAAAGCAAAUAAUCUAGGAUCAGAUCUUGGGAUAUAGGGCAGUUGUGGACCAACACAACCCCACCUGCUCUCUUGCUCUCCAAAAUGCAGGAUUGACAAAUUAUGGCAUGUUGUUGUUUUUAAAAAAUAAUUUAACAGCUAGACCUUUCCUCUUUCAAAGUUCUCUGUGAGCUUUCUUGGCAGAGAAAAUGCUGUUGCAUUUUCAACAUGCCAUAUUAUUGAAGAGAAAGAAACAUGUAACAGUAUGUUUGGAGGAAGUGAGUGGCAUGGAGUCCAGAAUGGCCUACUCCCUAUCCAGUCACAAGCUAAAAGGAAAUGAGGACUAUAUAAUUCUUACUGUCUAACACAAACAGCUCCUUGUUGUGUUUGAUGUCACUGAUUUGUAAAGAAAUAAAUGGAAGCACUGCCUUCUCAUCUCAAAAAGGGAUUUUUAAUUUUUACCCUCUAAUUUCUCUACAAGCAAGCCAUUAAAAUAUGGUUUAUAUUAUGUAUACUUUCAUGUCUAAAUUUCUCAUUUAUGUUUCAAGCAGAACAGAAUCACAUUUCUGUGCAAGUAAUUAUGCAUAUCCAGACAGCAUGACAAAAUGGUUGGAAGGGAUACCUCCUUUGAUGACCUCUGUGGGCACUAAAGACCUCACUAGUCCCACAUUAUGGAUGGGAUUUGCCAUGCAUCAUGGUGAAUCUGAGGGAGGCAUGGUGUGGGGCAGGGGGAAAUAUUUGUGUCCUGCAUCACCUGCCUUGCCCAUUACCCCAUCCCAUGGGGGGGGGAGCAUUUACCACAAUGCUACCCCUCGUUGUUGCCUAUGCAACAGAGGAAGCCUUCCAUGUUGCUACUGUGGCAACUUACCAUGUUUUCACUUCACUUGCACCAUGGAGCCCUUGUUAGAAGUAGAUCGACAUCAUGGGAUGGGAGCUGUCGGGUUCUGCGCCACAAGUGAAGUGAAAAUGCUGUGUGACUGGUAGUUUUGUCCACCUAAUCAUAGAAUCAUAGAAUCAUAGAAUAG